AGUUGCGAAGUGGAAAGUGUUGCACUCUUCGAUAAAGGAAAGCAGAAGCUAGAAAUGCCCCACUACGUAGAACUAGUGCAGCUCCGCCGUCCCUGAAUCUGCGGUCUACACCAUGUCCGACUCCUUUCCAUCAAACCCGAAUUUGUACCAGCAUGGAUAAGCAGUCGCAUAAGGAUACGAUGAAGUACGUGGCUAUCAAGUGCAAAAAUGUCUGGGUCUCGAAGAAUGCAUGUUUGUCAUGCUUGUCUGGCAUGACUCUUAAAUCUGUCAUGCACGUUACCCAAGAGCCCCAUUUUUCUGUGAUGCAGAAACGCAGUUUGUCAUGCAGAAUAGGCAACGCCUGGAAGUUCAUAAACUUGUCAUGCUGGUGAUCCAGCAUUUGUGGCCUCAUCAUGAGACGCCACCCAGCAUCACAAGUUUCCAGGCCCAGACAUUUUUACAUUUGAUAGUGGCACCCACGAAAAACCACGUCGGGAGGAACAGGAUGCAAAAAAACGUGUUUGGAAAACAAGCUUUUGUCUAGGCGGACUGAUGUAACAAGUCAGAACGGGCUACUGCGACGCAAUGAUAAAUAAACUGCUUCUUGUAGUUCUUCUACUCCAAGCUACCACAACGUCAGGUGCUUCACCGUGAUGUUGGUGAUGUUGUUCAACUUUACGAAUUACGAUAGCAUUAGCAAAUUAUUUUAGAGUUAUGCUUUUUUAGAGGUUCGUAUCGCGUAGAGGUUCGUAUGGGGAGGGCUAGCUGAGAAGGAUAGAGAAUCUCGAUUUCGAUAUCUGUUUGCGUAUCGAGGUUUCACA